UUCUCUCAGAUAACAGUCAGUCAAGUGGACCAACGUGGAGCUGAUAUGAAGCUUGGGUUGCUGGCCGUGGUGGCUGUGGCAGUUCUGCUGCCCAGCUUUUCUGAGAGCCGGAUUGUCUCCAAAUGUGAGCUCAGAGACAAGCUCAGAGAAAAGCUCAAACUGCCCAAGAGACUGGAGGAAGGAAUCCUGGCAACAGUUAUCUGUGAAGUGGACAGGAGGUCUCAUCUGAACACCGCUGUGGUCACAAUGUUUGGAAAGCGCAUACCUACCACACCCAAGCCAACCGCGAUCACAGCCCCAGCGACAAAAGGAGUCAACAAAAAGACCGCUGCAGCCACCAUCCAAUCAACAAGCACCAAUUCAACAACCACGCAGAUGACCAAUAAUAUUGCUGCUCCUGCUACUACGACCACUGCUACUACGACCACUGCUACUAGCCCCGCUACUACUAACUCCACUAUCAGCUCAUUGAAUACAGCCCUCAUGCCAAACAGCAGAGGUGGAGGCAAAAGACAAAAGCGGGAGGCCGACUCAAGCUGUGAGGAGAAGAACAAGUUUAAUAAGGAGAGGGUGGUACGAGCUGACAGCCAAAUGGAAGAUGAGGAUGAAACGAGCGGUGAGGAGGAGCCAGGAUACAUCUUUAAGCCUUGGUCCCUCGGCCUUUAUGGGCUCUUCCAGCUGUCUGACAAACACUUCUGUGAUUCGGGGUAUCGCUGGUCCAGGAAUGUGUGCCGUACCUCCUGCACAGCCUUCACUGAUGAUGACAUAACUGAUGAUAUUGCUUGUGUUAUCAAGACUGGUUAUUGGAGGGAGAUCUUGGGACGCGCCUCGCACUCAUGUCAUCACGCCUCAAAGUUCUUCAAUGAAUGUAACUGAAUGGCUGCGAGAUCAGAGUUUCUACCUGCAGGAUCACAAUUUCUUCAUCAGAU